AAUGGUCAAGAUAUAGUCAGGUGCACGCCGCUGCCGACAUGUGGUCGUCACACCACCGAAACCUGCUCUGCCACGACUUGACGUUGUUUUGCUUGAUUGUACAUAUAUUGUUUGCCUGCGUAGACUUUUCGCGAUUAGCACGCCGCGCCAUUCUCGACAUAUACGAAAACGAGAGCCACUUUGAGACUCCUGGGUGGUCGCUCGUAUAUCCGGGUUCCAAGAGCAGCAUAUCAUCCACGCUGUCACUGCAAGACAUAUAAUUUGAUGAAAUAAAUCAUGGGCACCGGAGGAGACCCACCGAAGAAAGUUUUGGGGGAACGAACAAGCAGUGCUAUCAUAAUCAUACUGCCUUGCAUCUUCGCUAUCGUUCUGAUCACCGCACUGACAACAGCAUACCUUUCCUCGCAGCGCAGACGACGCGCGAACGAUGUCGAUGGCAAAGAACAGAAGAAACGACUAGAGAAGCUGGAAAGCCACAUCAAAGCGGAACCGUUUCUUGACUGGACCAGUAAAGAGAAGAAACUGGAAAGCGAAUGCUCUUACUCGGUAAAUCUAUGUGUAAUAUGUCUGGACGAUUUCACCGAUGAUUCUCAAGUCCGAGCACUCGACUGUCAUCACGUGUUUCAUCAAGAGUGUCUUGAUACAUGGUUUGCGCGUUGGAAUGAGUAUUGUCCACUCUGUCACAAGCCCAUUAUACCCGGCGCCAAACCCGCACGAGAAAGAAGACGCACGUGGGAUGAACCAGCUCCGGUGGCGUUCAUAAUUUAGUUGGAAUUCAAUUUCGAUAUGUUUGCAUUCAUGACCUGCGCUUGAUGCGAUUGCCAAUUGUCACGAGCCAACUGCUUUCUUGAAUCCUGUACCUUGACUUGCAUCGUUCCACGUACGGGCAGGCGGAAGUAACUCUAGUAUAUUGGACUCUAAUCUUUGUAGUGUUUUAUGUGGCAUGCCCUGCACUGCGCGUGAUCUAUUCGCUCUUGACGUUCAUAGUUGAGCAGUGGUAUAUCGAGGAGUAAGCUCUUGUUGGUCAUGUGCUCUCCCUUUGUUGGGUUAGGAUCAGGGAUGAAGGCAUAAUCUUCCGCAUGUGACGGCCCGCACCGUCCUGCACCUCUUGAUGUGAUGAACCCCUCAUCGUCGAUAGUGGCGGAUAUAGGAAGCUUCCGCGGAGUGAAUGCAAGUGGGCGUGGAGGUUGUGACAAUGGAACUUGGGUUGUUGAGACCCACGUCCAAGUCAAUCCCGAGAGGAGAUGAAUUGAGAGUGCGUUUGUAUCGUCUGAUGAUGGCACGAGAUUUUUACUAUGUUUGAGCCUGAGCCCAUGCAGUGUAGACAAGUAUGAGGGAUAGUAGUAGUUGUAGUAG